UUUACAUUCUCAGUUACGAUCGAUUUAGCAAUGACAGAUUACCUUGAAGAACAGCAAAACGAAUUGGAAGCGCUUCAAUCUAUAUAUCCCGAGGAAUUUCAAGAAAUUGGUGAUAAAGAAUUUCAAAUCGCCAUUUUCCCAGACGAUCAGGAUGAAGAAACCCCAUGUGCACUGUCGUUACGGGUCAAAUAUACCCCAACGUAUCCCGAUGAAUUGCCAGAAUACAGCGUCGACGUUACUGAUGGCAAGUUGACGAACUCACAACUGGAAAGAAUUUUGGCGGCAAUCAAGACUGGUGCCGAAGAAUCGUUGGGCAUGGUUAUGAUUUUCACCAUGGCAUCGCUUGCCAAAGAAGAGUUGAAUCAAAUACUAGAAGACACACAAAGAUCUCGGGAAGAAGCAGAUAUAGAGCGCAUUCGCAAGGAGGAGGAGAUCGAGAAUGCUCGGUUCCGCGGUACCAAAUUGACGUGGGAACGGUUCCAAGAAUGGAAAGCCAAGUUUGAGAAGGAAUUGGCUGAUCACGAGAGUGAAGAGAAAAAGGCACGCGCCAAAGAGCUGAAGAACAAAUUAACAGCGCAACGAAUUCUGACACAUGUUACGAAACGUUUUCUACAAGGUCGUCAACUGUUUGAGCAGGAUCGAACACUCGCAUUAUCAGAUUCGAAAUAUAUGGAUGAAGGCGAUGUCUCUGUGGAUGCAUCACAAUAUGAAAAGGAGGAGCGAUCACAGCAGGAUGAUAAAGAGGAUGACGAAAAUGCCGUAUGGCGGCAAUUUGGUAACGAUGACUGA